GGGGUCCGCGGCGGUGACACCUCUGGUCUCCAAGGGCUGGGAGCAGCAAUACGUCUCCUCACCAGCCAGUGCAGGCUGGCAGGGUGACGUGGGCUGGCUGGCCUCGGGAUGUUCUGAUAAAAUCAGAAAUCAUUCCAUCUUAUAAAAGCAGAGGCCUGUCUGAGCAGGGGGCUGCGGCUCCUGGGGUGUGCCAGCCCCUUGGUGCAUGUUGGGGAUGGCUGCUCCGAGCCCUGUUGCCUGUCUGGGCGACAGUCGGGGCCUGGGGUAGUGGGAAGGGGCUGAGGAGAUCCCCCUGCCCCUGCGCAGUUCCCUCCUGCUCUUAUCCCGGCAAGGCCCUGAGGAAGCAUUGGGGCUCAUGGAGCCCGUGGUGGGCAUGUGGGGGGACCCCAGCCCCACAUCUGCCAGCGGCCAGGCCCUCGUGGGCAAACCCCACUGCUUCAUGCCCGUUCAAUGCCGCCUAGCUGGGCUUCCCCCGACACAACCGGGGGCUGCGGCUGGCCCCUCGUGGGGCUGGCGGCUUCCUGGCUCCCUGGCCCCGGGCUUCCUGCUUUUCUUUAGAACUGCAGUGCUGCCGGCCACGGGAAGGUCACAGCACUGAGCGACUGGGGGGCCCCUGGUGGGGACGAGCGCUUCACAGGACGGCUGGUGCAGUCUCUGUGCCCGUGGGACCACCGCUGCUAGUGGCUGAGGUGGGGGCUGGUGGUCGCGGAGGCGGUGUGCGCGGCCGAGGCGAUGCUCCGGCACCAGGAGGGGGGUGGGUGAUGGACCUGCCGUUGUGAGCCACGGCCCCUUGCACCGUGCAGGAGGCUAUUUCCAGCUCCGUCCUGGCUUCCAUUUCCCUGUCCCUGUGGCGGUGUGCCAGCGUUUGGGAAGCAGGGUGGGCAGCCACCAGGGCUGAGCAGCGCCCGGCGGCGGGUCCAAGCAGGGAGAGCCCUUCCCUUAGGCUGGAUUUACCUGGUUUUGGCUCUGUGGCUGGUUUUGCAGAGUGCCUGGUGCCUGGGAAGGCCCUGGGCCAUGGUGGGUCAGAGGGGUUGGGUGCUGCGGGGCUGCCUGAAAUCCCUGCUUCAGCCCACGGGAGGUGGAAGGGAGGAGAGCUCUUGCACCCCGGGGAGGCUGAGGUGGACGAGGCUGUGAAGAGCGGCGUGGGCGGUGCGGUUGGGUUGGCCCGAGGUCCCACUGGUGUGCCGGUGUGUCAAGGACAGGGGGAAGCAGUGGAGACUUGCCCCUGACACCCCUACCCACCGGUGGGGGCUCUGUCCAGCUCCCCAUGGUAGAAAGGGCCGAGGAUUGCCCCCUGGCAUGCUCUCACUGCCUGCUCCUGCUAGCUCCGCCUGUGACCUUGAUUCUUCUGCUCCAGAUAGGCACUGGGUCCCCACCCCUCGCCAGGAGCCCCUCCUGCACUGCGCCCCAGCCCGCACGCAGCCCCCGCCGCGGGCAGAGCCUGCCCCGCCGCCUGUGAGUCAGCACGGCCCUUCCGAUUAGCGGCAGCCCCUUCUCCUCUCCCGGGAGGAGUCACCGCUCAGUGCCGGCUGCGAUGCGGGAAGGAGCAGCAGCAAUUAGCAGCAGCCACCUCUCCUGCCGGCUCCCCACCGCGGCCGGGGGCCCGUGCUGAGCCCUGCCGACAGCCCACCUGUAUCCUGCUCCUGGGCAUCCUCCUCUUCCUCCCACCAGCCCUCCGGGCGAGAUCCGUGCCCGGAGCUGUGCUCACGAAGGACUGGAUGUCCUUGCAUCCCAGGCAGCUGCAAGCACUGGCAGCAUCUCACCAUUGCAGCUCCCCUGGCUUCGGGUGCCGCUCCCCCCAGCAGAGCCUGGGGAGCCAACGACGGUUGCCUGCCGCUAGCACGUGGGUUGCGUAGUGCUGGCUGCCACAGAAGGACCUUGUUCGCUCCUGGACAGUGCUCGGAGUGGGGCUGGGCUGGGCUUGGAUGCGCUCUGUGGCUGCCUUGUCUCAGGGCUUUAAAUAUUCAUGCUUUUGAUUUCCUCUUAGUGGCUGGCGACAGCAGGGCAGCGCAGGGGCUGAAGCGAGUCGGCUGGGGUGGAGGGCAGCCGUGCCAGACCCGGUGGUGAGGCAGAGGGGCUGGAUCCGGCCUCAGCUGAAGACAAUGGGAUUUGUAGCUGGCCCGGUGCAGGAGCGACGUGGGGCUGUAGGGCUUGAGUACCUCCAGGCUGGGGGCCAAGUAUGCUGAGGCCCCCCUCCCCAUGCUGGCGGCUCCCUGGGGCGUCGCCACAGCCCCAUUUUCCUCCCCGCCGCGGUGGGAGCGUGGGGUCGCUCUCUGUCUGGCCGUAUCCGCGCAUCCUUGCUGACGCCGAUUGUGAUCGAUCAGCUGCAACGGCACAGAGCCGGGCAGCCCUUGGACCUGCUGCCUGGUGUCCUGGGGCCGGCUCUCCCUGCCAGCCAUGCCAGGCUAGCGUGGACCUGGCGCAGAGCUCAGCCGAGGCUUCUGCUUGGGGGUGGCUUCCCAGUGGCUGCAGGUGCUCGGACUCUCCAUGGGGCCCCCAUGAGACCCGGCUGGCUGCCUCCACCCCGCUGCCAGACAGGACCGGACGGCCCUAGCCCUUCUUGCCUCUCUCCAGCAUGGAUCUCCUGCAGAAGAGCAAAUACAGCCACCUGCGGAACGAGUCCGUCUCCUCUCUGGAGGAGGCUGUGGGGGGCGUGGGGGUCCCAGCCUCCCCGGUGGAGUCCCUCACAGGCACGCAGUCUCUGCCUGGCUCCCUGUCCUCCUCUUCCCUCGGCCCCACGGCACCUCUUGGAGAGUUCUCGCCCGAGUCAGAGGACAGCCCCACCACCCUCUGCUCCUUCUUCCCCAAAAUGGCCAACCUGAAGCUCUCGAACCCCGCCAACCUGCUCAGCCUGCGGGGCUCCUUGGCCGGCAGCAGCCCGGGGGAGCCCGGCCCUGCAGGGAUGCUGGAACUGGCACCGGGGGGGACUGCCGGCCCCGACUCAGCAGGACCUGUCACUGUCUGUUCCCAGGAUAUGAACAAGCUGAGCUGCGGGAAGAAGACGCGGGUGGAAGGCGGCCAGCUGGGGGGUGAUGAAUGGACCCGCCACGGCAGCUUCGUCAAUAAGCCCACCCGUGGCUGGCUGCACCCGGAUGACAAGGUCAUGGGCCCUGGGGUCUCCUACCACGUCCGGUACAUGGGCUGCGUGGAAGUCCUCCAGUCCAUGAGGGCUUUGGAUUUCAACACCAGGACGCAGGUCACCAGGGAGGCCAUCGGGCUGGUGUGUGAGGCUGUGCCCGGUGCCAAGGGAGCUGUGCGGAGGAGGAAGCCCUGUGGCCGCUCCCUGAACUCCAUCCUGGGCAAGAGCAACCUGAAGUUCGCCGGCAUGCCCAUCACCCUGACCAUCUCCACCAGCAGCCUCAACCUCAUGGCUUCUGACUGCAAGCAGAUCAUUGCCAACCACCACAUGCAGUCCAUCUCUUUCGCUUCUGGGGGAGACCCGGACACAGCCGAGUACGUCGCCUAUGUUGCCAAAGAUCCCGUCAAUCAGAGAGCCUGCCAUAUCCUGGAGUGCCCUGAGGGCUUGGCGCAGGAUGUGAUCAGCACCAUUGGGCAGGCCUUCGAGCUGCGGUUUAAGCAGUACCUGAAGAACCCCCCAAAGCUGGUGACACCACACGACAGGAUGGCGGGGUUUGAUGGCUCUGCCUGGGAUGAGGAAGAGGAGGAACCAGCCCCAGAUCACCAGUACUACAAUGACUUCCCCGGCAAGGAGCCUCCCAUCGGGGGGGUUGUGGACAUGCGGCUGCGGGAUGGGGCUGCUCAGACCCCCAAUCACCUGGGGGCCACGCUGCCUGUCGGCCAGUCGUCUGGCGGGGAGUACGACCCCCGGAAGCAGCACACUCCUGCCCAAGCAGGGAGAGAGAAAUACUUGGCUCCGGUGGGUGCAUCCGGCCGCACAGACCUGUUUGAUGACCCAUCUUAUGUCAACGUGCAGAACGUGGACAAGACACGCCAAGCGUCGGCCGCUGGCACCCCCGCAACCGCCAACGGCAGCACCCAGAGAGACCUCUUCGACAUGAAGCCCUUUGAAGAUGCCCUGCGUGUCCCCCUGUCUGUGCCCAUGGGGCUGCCCCCUGCCCAGGUGGUGGCCUCCAUAGAGGAGCAGCUGAGACGGGAGCCGUGGUACCAUGGGAAGAUGAACCGCAAGGAGGCCGAGAAGCUGCUGAAGGUGAACGGAGACUUCCUGGUGCGAGAAAGCACCACCACCCCGGGCCAGUACGUGCUGACCGGCUUGCAGGGUGGGCAGCCCAAGCAUCUGCUACUCGUCGAUCCUGAGGGAGUGGUGCGGACGAAAGACCACCGCUUUGAGAGUGUCAGUCACCUCAUCAGCUACCACAUGGACAAUCACCUACCCAUCAUCUCGGCUGGCAGCGAGAUGUGCCUGCAGCAGCCCGUGGAGAGGAGACUCUGAGUGCUUGGGGGGCCCCGGUGCACAGCCCCCCAGCCCUGCUCCCUGCCCCUGGGAGCCCUCGGACUCUGCCUGGGACUGAGCAUGGACUUGGCCAGGGACGGGGCCUGUCCCCCUCUGCCAGGUGGAGCUGGUGGCCGUGGUGGCUGCGGGCAGCAUGGUGUGAGCUGCCUGCAGCAUGGGGGGCUGUUCUUGCCAAAGCCCCUGCCUCCCCCCAGCUCCAGCCUUUGCACAGCAGCUCAGCUCCUACCAAAACCCGGCCCUGCUGCCGUGCUGCAGCUGCUCUCUGGCGUGGGCAUGGGCUCAGGGCUGGUGGAAUCGAGCCCCCCCC